AUGGAUCAACCGCUCAAAUGCGUCAUCAUCGGUGCUGGUCCUGUCGGCGCCCUGGCUGCAUUAUACGCAGCGCGUCGAGGAUGGGAUGUUCAGGUCUACGAGCUGAGAGGAGAUCUCCGAGAUGAGUCUACAACGCCACUGAACUUCACAAAAUCCAUCAAUCUGGCGCUGUCAGAACGUGGCAUCAAUGCCAUGCGCCAGUCUGGACACCCGACUUUGCUUGAUACUAUCUUGGCGGAUACGAUACCCAUGCAUGGUCGAAUGAUCCAUAGCCAAACCUCUGCUGGUGAAUUGACCGAGGCGUCACAGCAAUAUGACGUGCAUGGUCGAUUCAUCCGAGCGGUGGAUCGUGCGAAGCUAAAUGCCGUUCUUCUGGACGAGCUGGAGAGCCUGUCAAACGUGAAGCUCUUCUUUCAUCACAAAGUCACAGGUGUCGAUUUCAACAAGCGUCUCGCCUGGAUUGAGCAGAAGGGUCUUUCACGCCGACAGAGCGAUGACAAUGGCCAUGCUGCAAAACCCAGCGGCAGGCCAGGCCGUCCGGACGAGAUCGAGAUUGAGUUCGACCUCAUUCUGGGCUGUGACGGUGCUCACAGUAGCGUGAGAUUCCACAUGAUGAAGUUUGUUCGCAUGGAUUACGCUCAGAAUUAUAUCGACACAUUGUGGUGCGAGUUCACAAUGCCGCCAGCAGAUACUCGUACCUCACUUUCUCCAUCAGCAAAGGAUGGUUUCGUAACAAGUCCUAAUCACCUCCAUAUCUGGCCAGGCAAAGACAAGAUGUUCAUCGCCAUUCCCAGCACAGACAAGACCUUCACUUGCACACUCUUCGCCGGGUCGAAGGACUUUGCUACUCUAGAGGCAGACCCUGCUGGCGUAGAGCUCUUUUUCAAUAUGAAUUUCCCGGGUGCUGUAGACCUGAUAGGGCCAGGAACAAUUCAGAAACAAUUCGAACAAAACCCUCAUCUACCAUUGAUCAGCAUCAAAUGCUCACCGCACCACUACGGGUCAUGUGGCGCGAUUCUUGGCGAUGCUGCUCACGCUAUGGUCCCGUUCUAUGGCCAAGGCAUGAAUGCGGGAUUAGAAGAUGUCCGGGUACUUUUCGAGCGAUUGGACGCACAGCCAUCCACCAUCCAAGGCCGUACGACAGCGCUAACGGCAUACAAUGCAGAGCGUGUCGAUGACGCACACUCGAUCAAUGAUCUCGCUCUGGCAAAUUACUGGGAAAUGCACGCGGGUGUAACCUCGCCCUUGUACCUCCUUCGCAAGAACAUCGAGGAGUUUCUCUCCGACAAGCUACCAAGCACAGGCUUCGCGACGCAAUAUAGCCGCGUGAGCUUCAGCAACCAGCGAUAUUCAGAGGUCGUCAAAGUCGUUGCACAACAAAAGCGCACUUUGAUGCAGGGUAUGCUGGGCGCUGUCCUCAUCCCACUGAGCGGGAGCAUUGCGUAUCUAGUGUGGCGAUUCUCCGGCCAUGACAGGCGGGCUUCGCCGUUUCCACACCUUGUACGAAUCCUGACGGGAGGCGUGCGAUUCGUGACUGAACGGAUCGAGAAAGCAUUUCGUUGA